AAAAAGACGAAGAAGUGUUUCCGGUUAAAACUCAGAGGGGCUGAAUUUAGCAGUGGUCGUAGGUUUUGUAAAUGCUUUAUUUUAUAUUGUAACUUUAGCCAUGACGAAUUUGGAGAUGUUGCGAGUAUUAGUGAAUGAGCGACUAACAGCGGCUGCAGACGAAAUAUUUGGACUUUUUGCGCAAACUGUAGGAGAGUAUGAAGAUCAGCUGUAUCGUUUGAAGCAAGAGAACGAGCGGCAGAGCAAACUGCUGCACGUCGUUUUUACACCUGAGGUUCGGUUGAACAGAAAAGAUGCUGAGUUGGACGAGAAUCCCCAACGUAUUAAGGAAGAAAAAGAACAACCGUCGAGCAGCUGGGAGGGAGGACUGUUUAAUUCAGUUGAUGCUGAGAAGAGUGAGGAUGUGAAAAAGGAGGAAGCUCACUCCUCCCUACUUUAUCAGGGACAACCUGAGGAAGAGUCUCCAGCUAACUGCUUAGCGGAGGCAAGGAUGGUUGAGGACCUUGAAGGAUCAGAAACAGUCUGUAACUCUGAUCCAGACAGUUUAUUACAAACGACUAACAAUACUGUUGUCAUUUGUGAACAAGCAGACAGCAGUUACUUUGACUGUAAUGGGAUCAGAGAAACUCAGGCAGAGUUAAAACUACUGAAUAGCACAGGAGUUUCCGUAUUUGAAAACGAACGUAAUGCUGACAUAGAGCGUGUUAUCUGCGCUGAGUGUGGAAAAACAUUUGAUGUAGUGCAAAACUACAUGCAAAAUCCUUCUGGAAAAUUUGUUUGCGCCGUUUGUUUCCAAGAAUCUACAGAGAGUUCACAUUUUUUCAUAGAAAAAGAAACUUAUGCAGGAACAAAAAUCUUCAUAUGUGCAGUCUGCAAAAAGCAGUUUAACACAAAAUCAUAUACAAUGAGACAUAUUAGAAUUCACAUGGGAGAAAGACCAUUCAGCUGCUCUGUUUGUCAUAAACAGUUCACGCAUCGUUCACUCCUGAUCGGACACUUGAGAGUCCACACAGGAGAAAAGCCCUACACCUGUUCUGUGUGUAACACAAGUUUCUCUCUGAGUUAUAGCUUGACAAAGCACAUGAGGAUACAUACAGGAGAGAAACCGUUUGGCUGCACAGUUUGCGGUAAACGAUUUACACAAAAAGGACAUCUGACACAACACAUGCCCCUCCACACGGGAGAGAGGUUAUACAGUUGCCAUGUUUGUGGUAAAAGUUUCAGUAGACAGUCUGGUGUGAAAAAGCACAAGUGUGUAGAAAUAAAUGGAUAGCUGCAUUUGGAGAAGCUUAGUGAAUCCUUAGCUUUUUAAGGCUAAACGUAAGUGAAGCUAUUCAAGUUACAUUUAGAGAUGUUCACAUGUUAAUGUAACACCAAUAUGAAAAUGGGGUGGCAGGGGCUCAAGAGGUAGAGCUGCUGGGCGCCAACCAUAGGGUUGAUGGUUCAAUUCCUAGCUUCCCAAGUCAUGUGUUAAGUGUCCCUAGGCAAGACACUGAACCCCAAGUUCAUUAUGUUUGUGUUACUGAUAUCUGUAUGUCAGACUUCACAGAAUACUAUAUACCCUAAUAACCUGUGGCAUGAUGAUUUCGGACACUGUACUGGGUUUAGGUGCAUUUGUACUACUGUUACUUUAAAAUUAAAUCAAGUAUUAAUUGAAAUUA